CCAACUGAAGCUUGUUAUAAUAUCCUUCACACUGGCAGGCGAAAAAUACUCGGCAUUUCGGCCACGAUGUUUAUUUACCUAAGUAAAAAGAUCGCCAUCCCCAACAAUAUCCGUCUGAAAUGUGUGUCUUGGAACAAAGAUCAAGGCUUCAUUGCCUGUGGAGGGGACGAUGGUCUGUUAAGAGUGCUCAAGCUUGAGACUCAAACAGAUGAUGCCAAACUUAAAGGACUUGCUGCACCCAGUAAUCUGUCAAUGAACCAGACUCUAGAGGGACACAGCGGUGCAGUACAAGUUGUUACUUGGAAUGAACAGUACCAAAAACUGACCACUAGUGACCAAAACGGUCUCAUCAUUGUAUGGAUGCUCUACAAAGGCUCAUGGUAUGAAGAGAUGAUCAACAACCGCAACAAGUCUGUGGUGCGGAGCAUGAGCUGGACUGCCGAUGGCCAGAAGAUCUGCAUUGUGUACGAGGACGGGGCUGUCAUUGUCGGAUCUGUUGAUGGUAACCGGAUUUGGGGAAAGGAGCUAAAGGGAAUCCAGCUUGCCCAUGUGGCAUGGUCGCCAGACAGCAAAAUUCUUCUCUUUGGGAUGGCCAAUGGGGAAGUUCAUAUCUAUGACAAUCAAGGAAACUUCAUAAUGAAAAUGAACAUCAGCUGUCUCUGUAAUGAGACUGGAGCCAUUAGCAUAGCAGGGAUCCACUGGUACGCUGGAACUGGGGGCUACGUUGAGCCUGACUGUCCGUGUCUGGCCAUCUGUUUCGAUAAUGGAAGAUGCCAGCUCAUGCGCUAUGAAAAUGACGAAAACCCGGCGUACAUAGAUACUCUGAUGAACGUGGUCAGUAUCCAGUGGAACCAGUGUGGCAGUGUGCUGGCUUUGGCAGGAUCCCUGAGAGCCUCCAUUAUGGAGAAAGAAUUUAACGUGGUGCAGUUCUACACACCGUUUGGAGAGCAUUUGAGAACUCUCAAGGUCCCCGGGAAGCAGAUGACAGCCGUUGCCUGGGAGGGAGGAGGGUUACGCAUUGGCCUUGCAGUGGACUCCUACAUCUAUUUUGCCAACAUAAGGCCAGAUUACAAGUGGGGCUACUGUUCCAGCACAGUGGUGUAUGCCUACACAAGACCGGAGCGACAGGAGUAUUGCGUGGUAUUUUGGGACACCAAGAAUAAUGAAAAGUUUGUGAAAUAUGUCAAGAGCCUGAUGUCCAUCACUACGUCUGGAGAUUUCUGCAUCCUGGCAACCAAGGCUGAUGACACACAUCCUCAGUAUGUGCUGGUUCUGUGUAACUCCAUUGGGACUCCACUGGAUUCAAAGUAUAUUGACAUAGAUCCGCUGUUUGUCACCAUGACUAAGACCCAUGUGAUCGCCGCAUCCAAGGAAGCCUUCUACACAUGGCAGUAUCGUGUGGCAAAGAAAUUAACAGCUUUGGAGAUCAACCAGGUGGCCAGAACCCGCAAGGAGGGAAGGGAGAGGGUCUUUCAUAUAGACAGCUCUCCAUCCGGAGCCAAUGAAGGCGGUCUGGACUUUGCAAAAGCCAAGACAGCAUCAGAGGAUCCCAUCUGCUGUGUCACAGCGACAGAUAAGACAUUGAUUGUGGGUCGUGAGUCUGGCACAAUCCACAGAUACAGCCUCCCCAAUGUUGUCCUUGUCCAGAAAUACAGUUUGAAUAACAGAGCCUACCAUUUGUCCUUGAACUGCAACUCCAGCCGUCUGGCCAUAAUCGACAUCUCAGGUGUGCUGACCCUGUUGGAUCUGGAAGUACGUGCCUCCUCAGCGGACAGUUCAGGAAGCCACUCGGCUGCUGGGGAUCCAUCCAAGUUUGAGCGCAAGGACGUUUGGGACAUGAAGUGGGCAAACGACAACCCUGAUCUGUUCGCCAUGAUGGAGAAGACCAGGAUGUAUGUCUUCAGGAAUCUAGACCCAGAGGAACCCAUCCAAACCUCUGGGUACAUUUGCAACUUUGAGGACCUUGAAAUCAAAUCUGUAUUGCUUGAUGAAAUCAUGAAGGAUCCAGAGAGACCCAACAAGGACUACCUCAUCAACUUUGAAAUCCGCUCGCUGAGAGACAGCCGGGCGCUGAUCGAGAAAGUGGGGAUCAAAGAUGCUUCGCAGUUCAUCGAAGACAAUCCUCACCCCAGACUCUGGCGUCUACUGGCUGAGGCAGCCCUCGAAAAACUGGACCUGAAGACGGCUGAGCAGGCCUUCGUCCGCUGUAAAGAUUACCAGGGCAUAGAGUUUGUCAAGCACCUGGGCAACCUGCAGAGCGAGGCCAUGAAAGAGGCAGAGGUGGCGGCCUAUUUCAGCAGGUUUGAGGAGGCCGAAAGGAUGUACCUGGACAUGGAUCGCAGAGACCUUGCAAUAAGUCUUAGGAUUAAGCUGGGGGACUGGUUCCGAGUGCUACAGCUGCUCAAAACUGGCUCUGGAGACUGUGAUGACACACUGCUGGAACAGGCCCAUAAUGCAAUCGGAGACUACUUUGCAGACAGACAGAAGUGGGUCAAUGCAGUGCAGUACUACCUUCAAGGCCGCAACCAAGAGAGGCUGGCAGAAUGCUACUACAUGUUAGAGGACUAUGACGGCCUAGAGAGGCUGACUAGCUCACUACCAGAAAAUCACAAACUGCUACCAGACAUUGGACAGAUGUUUGCCACCGUGGGCAUGUGUGAACAGGCUGUGAAUGCCUACCUGAAGUGCAAUCAGCCCAAAGCUGCAGUUGAUGCCUGUGUCCAUCUGAACCAGUGGAACAAAGCAGUGGAACUGGCCCAGAACCACAAUAUGAAAGAGAUCAAAUCUCUUCUCGCCAAAUAUGCAUCACAUCUGCUCGAGAAGAACAAGACGCUGGAAGCAGUGGAGUUGUAUCGGAAAGCCCACCAUUUUCUUGAUGCAGCCAAACUCAUGUUUAAGAUUGCAGACGAGGAGGCUAAGAAAAGGACGAAGCCACUGCGAGUGAAGAAGCUUUAUGUGUUGGCAGCACUUCUGGUUGAAAACUACCAUGGCCAGGUGAAGACAUCACAGCAGAGCAAAUCCAAAGGGAAGAAAUCAGAGGCAACAUCUGCUCUUGCUGGGCUCCUUGAGGAAGAAGCAACCUCCUCAGACAACCGCAUUGUGGACAACGCUUGGCGUGGAGCCGAGGCAUAUCACUUUUUCCUACUUGCUCAGAGGCAACUUUACGAAGGCUACAUGGAAAAUGCCAUGCGCACAGCCCUCCACCUCCGUGACUACGAGGACAUCAUCCCAGCUGUGGAGAUCUACUCCCUGCUGGCCAUUUGCUCCUCGGCCAGCCGAGCUUUCAGCACGUGUUCAAGGGCUUUCAUUAAGCUGGAGUCCCUGGAGAGCCUGGAUGCUGAGCAGAGGCAGCUCUACGAGGACCUGGCCCUGGAGAUCUUCACCAGACACAGCCCCAAAGACAGCCGCAUGCUGGAGCUGGACAGCACACCGGAGGGGACGGAGGGAAAGUUGGCCACAUGCAUUGUGACAGGGCGGCCGAUCCCCGAGUACCAGCUGUGGAUGUGUAAUGUGUGUAAGCACUGCGCCAUUGAGCAAGAGAUCGGCAAAUACACCUUCUGCCCACUGUGCCACAGCUUUCUGACCUCUGAAGCCUGACGGGCACCAAGCAGUCUAACCGAAAACCAAUGAUUCGUUUUUCUACCUUUUAACAGAGAAAACUACACUUCAAAGCAUUGUGAAAUAUGUUUUUUUUUAAUUCAUCCUUUUUAUUUUAAAUAUGUAUUGACAUCGGUGCUGAAUGUCGCUGGACUUGUAAUUGCCGUAUAUUACAGCAUGUUUUUCUGCUACUAGCGCUGUUAUGACCAGGUACAUAACUGCUUAAAGAACAAUUGUUUAUUCAGCCCAUGUUUAACAGCACUGUCAGAUCAAAACAAUUUUUUAACCUAUACAUUUGCAGCAAAUGAUGUAUAAAAGUGUAUAUUUUUAUCCCCUACAGCACAGUUGGGACACUGUGCUGUAGGAGAUGCUUUCAACUGCAUUCUUCAAUACAUGUUUUAAUUACUUGGUGAGUUGGUUUUAAUUCUUUCACUUCCAGUGCUGUAAGAUGUUAACUUGUCAAGUGUUUUCUUAAUUUUUGUUCUUGCAAUUAUUUUCUUUGGCUUGUAAAUACAGUGUAUAGAAAUUAUUUUCAUAUGAAGGGCAAAACAGUCAUUAAACAUC